CCUACAGGGAGCUGCUGGUCGAGUUCCUUUCGUCAUUCACAUUUCACCCUCCUGGGGAGCCAGUGCCGCUUCCGUACCCAGGUGCUCCCCAUCCGCCUGAGGUUUCUUUCAGGCUUGCUGGCGUUAUGCGUUCGAUGACGCUAGCACAGUUUGCGGUGCAUUGUGGUUUAUAGAUGCAGGAGGAGAUCGAGACUGAGAUUUACACAGCGGGGCUAGUGGUGGUUGAAAAACCCACUCUUGUAGGGUUUUGGCAGGUGAUUGCGGGGGCGGAUCAUUGGGAGCACGAAAAGUCGAAGGGGAGGGUGUCGUUUGUUAGGGACCCACUAUACAGGUAUCUGCACCAUUUGCUCGCCACUUCUAUUUCAGCGCGCGGCUACAGCCGUGAGUGAUGUACGACCACAGAUCUUUUUUUCCUUUACUGUUUGUUGUAUAGGAGGCCGUGCGCGCUAGCACACGGUCUAGCCCAGUACUUCGCCUCCGGCCAUCACCGGCAGGAGCGCGGAUUUUUGUAUGGCGGGGCGUACGUGACCGUCAUUGCCCGUUCAUUGGGCCUCGUACCACACCAGGACCCACAUCUACGGACGCCGGCCAUCAUGCCGACGCGGAUGGGUAUGCAGUCGCUAUGGGGGAUGAGGGUUAUCAAGAGGUUCCCCGUUGGCCCGCGGUUUAAAAACCGCGAAGGGGGCGUAUGGACAGAGCAGGCCUUACCAGAGCAUUUCGAGCCCGUUCAUCCUCCUGCAGAUCCUGCUGAUGUAGUGCCCGUGGAGGACCCUCCGGAGGAUCUAGACGGUGCAGCGGAGCCACAGCCACCGCCACCUGCCGGGGCACCUCAGUUUCCACGUCACGUUAUUCGAGGUCGUGCCCCAGGAGCUGCGCUACAUCCGGAUGUACGAGCCAGGCUUGACAGGCUCGACGAUUUGGUAGGUUGGCUGGUACGGGCGGAGCAGGAUAGACGAGAGAGAGAGGGAUUACCCCCGAUACCGCUUCCACCGGUUCGAGCACCACAUCAGGAGCACCAGCCGCAGCAGCAGCAUCAGGAUUCAGAUUCGGAUUUGGAUGCAUAGACCUGUUGUUGUUUUUAUUGUUAUUAUGGAUGUACAAACUUAUCUUAUAUAUUUUUGUUAUGGAUGUAAACAGUUAUCUUAUAUAUGUCAUAUUUAUGUUUGUUUUC